AUGACCGGGCCCCCUCCCCCAGACCACACAUCAGACCUGUCGUCCAAUAUCCAGACAACCGCUUCUUCAGCUGCCCAAGAUGCCUCGGGACGACAGCCCGCCGCCGCCUCCUCCGCCGCCUCCCAACUCGCCAGUGCAAAGAUAAGCCUGCGCAAGACCCUUCGCCAGUUCCCCGACUUCCCUAUUCCUGGCAUUGACUUCGUUGAUAUCAUGCCCUUGUUCGCCAAUCCCGAAGCCCACGCUACCCUCGUUUCCGCCCUCGAGCUGCAGAUUUCUCAGACCUUUAACAACGUAAAGCCCGAUAUCAUUGUUGGCCUUGAUGCCCGUGGCUUCCUUUUUGGUCCUGGCCUUGCUUUGCGCCUCGGUGUCGGCUUUGCCGCCGUCCGCAAGAAGGGCAAGCUUCCCGGCCCUUGCGUCACUGCCGAAUAUGUGAAGGAGUACGGCAAGGAUUUGUUCCAAAUGCAGGAGGAUGCCAUCAAGGAGGGACAGAAGGUCCUUAUUGUGGACGAUAUCAUUGCAACUGGUGGCUCGGCUAAGGCGGCAGCUGAUCUUGUAACCCAACUCAAGGGCCAAGUCCUUGGGUACCUGUUCAUUCUCGAAAUUCCCGGUCUCAACGGCCGUGACAAGCUCGGCGCGGCUCCUACAACCAUCCUUCUCGAAGAGGCUUAG